AUGGAUGACAUAUUAAUAGCAUCCAAUGACAUGAAUGCUGUUGAAGAACUCAAGUUAUUUCUAGACAGCAAAUUAAAGGAUCUAGGACCUUUAAAAUAUUUUUUGGGCAUCGAGAUAGCUAGAUCAGCUAAUGGGAUUUCACUUGGCCAAAGAAAAUAUGCACUGGAGAUUCUUGAGGAUAGUGGGAUGUUGGGGAGUAAAAUGCAAAAGUUUCCAAUGGAGCAGAACUUAAAACUAAGCAAAAUAGAAGGGACUUUGCUUGAUGAUCCAGCAGCAUAUAGAAGGCUAGUUGCAACAAAUAGGGUGCUGCAGUACAUCAAGGGGACUCCUGGACAAGGCAUUUUUUUGUCCUCUAAAUCAAAGCUGCACCUAAAGGCCUUUGCAGAUGCAGACUGGGCAGGUUGUGUUGACACCAAAAGAAAUGUCACUGGUUUCUAUAUCUUCCUUGGAGAUUCACUGAUUUCAUGGAGAUCUAAGAAGCAAACGACUAUCUCUAGAAGCUCUGCAGAGGCAGAGUACAGAUCUAUGGCAUCAACAGCUCCAUUUGUAUCCAAUGGUUCUGAUUUCUCCCAAUGGAAAUCCUUCUCGACACAGAAACUUGGGAGAACCAUGCGGAGGUUUUUGCUCGGUUUCCUUUCACUGGGGACCCUCUGCUCUUCUUUGCCUAUCGCCCCUAUUAGAGCUUCUUUUCCGAGAUCGCUUCCUCCACACUUGUUCUACCUGUCAAGUAGGGGAUAUUUUAGUGCUGCCCGAUCCCUUCCACCUCGAGCGGAGUGGCAAUCUUCUAUGCUGUGA